ACAAAAACACUGUUUGAGAAAGGAGAUCUACUUAUUACCGCUCCAUUAUCAAACCCAUUGGUUCCCUUGUUCUAAGAUUUCAAUGUCUUCUUCAUGUGCUAUUUCUUCUUCUUCUUCAAUAAGAUCAGAACUACUUACAAAUCCAUUUGGACGCAAAUACAUCACACCAUCAAAGACUUAUCGUCACCAUACUAGUACUAAAAGCAAGUGUGGAAUACUUAGACGGGAUUUUGGUGUCAAGGGAAUUAUUGUUGCGGGCACGUCGAUUAUUGGUUCUUCUCUCGCAACUGACAGUCCUGUUCAAGGGAUGGAAAUGUUACCUUUCAAGCCAGAAGGCUACAAUUUUUGGACAUGGAGAGGUCAUCAAAUACAUUAUGUGGAACAAGGACAAGGAACUCCUAUUGUCUUAAUCCAUGGAUUUGGCGCUUCCGCAUUUCAUUGGAGAUACAAUAUACCAGAGUUGGCUAAGAAUUACAAAGUGUAUGCGGUAGAUUUAUUGGGAUUUGGCUGGAGUGAGAAAGCACUUAUCGACUAUGAUGCCAUGGUAUGGAGAGAUCAGGUGGUAGAUUUCAUGAAGGAAGUGGUGAAAGAACCAGCAGUUUUGGUUGGAAAUAGUCUUGGAGGAUUUACAGCUCUGAUUUCAGCAGCAGACUUGGCUGAUCAAGUUGUUGGAGUUGCAUUGCUGAACUCUGCUGGACAGUUUGGAGGUGCAAGUGCGAAAACUGAACAAGUUGCCGAGGAAUCAGUCUUGCAGAAGUUUCUGUUGAAGCCAUUGAAAGAAGCUUUUCAAAGGGUAGUCCUGGGGAUCGUGUUUUGGCAAGCAAAGCAACCAGCCCGAGUAAAAUCAGUCUUAAAAAGUGUUUAUGUUAAUUCUACCAAUGUGGAUGACUAUCUUGUGCAAUCAAUAACCAAGCCUGCUGAUGACCCCAAUGCAGGAGAAGUUUACUACAGAUUGAUGUCACGGUUCAUGUCGAAUCAGACAAAGUACCCCCUCGAGAUCAUCUUAAGCAAACUGUCAUGCCCUCUCUUACUGCUUUGGGGCGACUUGGAUCCUUGGGUAGGACCAGCUAAGGCUAAUCAAAUCAAAGAGUUUUAUCCAAAGUCUUCCCUCGUGAAUCUACAAGCAGGACACUGCCCACAUGAUGAAGUCCCAGAGCAAGUUAACGGAGCACUGGUCGAGUGGUUAUCGUCUCUGAAGAUCGAACCUUCUGUUCUAACCGUGUGAACAUGAAAAAUAAUGUUACACAGUUUUCAUUUUACAGUUACCUGUAUAUGUCAGAACUUAUACAUACAUCUAAUUGAAAAUUCAUCAUUUCAUAAUGGUUACAGUUCCACUAAAAA